GCGCGGCCCCUGUGCCCGUAUCGACCAAGUCGAGCUGGCUCUCCCCCGUAUCCCUCCCCUUCUCCUGCUCUCCCUCCCAGCGGCGGCCGCCUCGUCGGCGGCGAGCCUCGUCGGACGCGCUCCUCGACGGCGUCGGGUACCUCCCCGCGCGGCCCCUGGAUUAGUCUCCUUCCCUUCUCCUCCCCCCUCCCUCCCUCUCCCGCUCGUCCCCAUGGCCCAAGGGGGGCUGGCGACCUAGGGUAGAUCACUCCGCACUUCCGGCUCGGCUCAUUCCUCCCUCAGCACCCACCUCCAUCGUGCCUCAUUCCCCCGCCAUGUCCGCCCCCUUCGUCGCCAUGUCCGGAUCGGCCGUCUUCCCCGCGCAUCGGGUCCAGGUAAGCAGCAGUAGCAGCCGGCGGCGAUGCGCGGCGUGCUUCUCGAGGCAGAGCUUCCCGUUGAUCUCGAUCCGGUCGGCUCCGCCCAAGCGCCUCCUCAACCUGGCCUGCUCGGCCAAGCAGGACACCAUCGACAAGGUGUGCGGGAUCGUCAAGAAGCAGCUGGCCGUCGCCCAAGACACCCUCGUCAACGGGGACACAAAGUUCACCGACCUCGGCGCAGAUUCCCUCGACACGCAUUAUUCGACAAGGCAAAAGAAUGGAUGGUUAUAUAACUGCUCAUUUUACAGCUGCCCCUGGUUCAAUUCCUCCCAAGAGCGGAUCUGCGCCAAAGGGCAACUUUUCUUGCUCACGCGGAUAACGGCCACUAGCUGCUCCACAACAACGACAAGCACGACGGCCUUGACGAAGUUGUCCGCCGCCGACACCGAAGAGCAAGCCCGCCUUCUCCAGACUUGCAUGACAGGAGAGGAGGGGGCGGCCACUGCCUCCUUCACACACCAAGCCGCCGACACCGAAGAGCAAGCCCGCCUUCUCUAGAGUUUGCAAAGGAGCUUUACGUUCAGGGCAUGGUUGUUUGCAGAGAGUGGCGGACACUACUUUGAUCCUUUGACAGAUAGUUCUUCAUAAUGUGAUAGUGUAUAGGCCUUCUUCCUGGGGACCUACUGCUCAAGUACUGCACUCCUUGGCUGCUACCGACCAAAAAAUUUACAAAUCUAUCUACAUGUUUUGUUUCUGUAUAUUUACAAAUAUCCUAUCAAUCCAUUUUUAAAAUGAAUGGGCGCGGCAACGCGCGCCUUUCAUGAUCUAGUA